GGUAUGGUGGAGUCUGUUUAUUUGGUCGUGUUACAUGAAACUUGUGCAGCCUCAUCACACGUCAGGAGGACCGAGCUCUGCGCAGAGGCGGCAGCAGCUGAAGCAGAAGGAGGAACCUGCAGUCAAACAAGCACCAGCCGACAACUUUUGAGACAUGGCCAUACUUGCUCCUAUUUUCCGGCUCAUCCUUUUGGGGCUGUUUCACACGGAAGCAAAACACCACACCCUCAGCUCUCAGGAUGCUUCUUUCUGUCAUGGUGGACUAGAGGUGAUCUACCCAGAGCUGGACAUUUAUCAAUGCCUCAUAAUCCCAAAGAACCUCAGAGAGAAAGUCAGCCAAGUUUGGAAAGCCCCACAGGUUUACUUCUCUACUGCACAGAAGAAAAAGUCGUACGUCCUGGUGAUGGUUGAUCCUGAUGCUCCAAACCGCAGCGAGCCAACAUCUGCUUACUGGAGGCACUGGUUGGUCGUGGACAUACAGGGCAGUGCACUCAAGGAAGGACAAAUAGAAGGAACAACCCUCACUGAUUAUAAGCCGCCAACCCCGCCAUCGAACUCUGGUUUUCACCGCUACCAGUUCAUGUUGUUCGAGCAGCCUCCAGACGCGUCUGUGUCACUCACGGAGCAGGAGGAGGCAUCCCGGGGUAAAUGGGAUUUUCAAGCCUUCAUCACAAGUUUUGAUCUGGGAGAGCCCGUGGCUACUCUUCAGUUUCUCACCCAGAACUACAAAGACUAGAGGAUGCUCAGAUGCCUGAAAUGGAAGAAGAAGAAUCUGUCAGUAGACAAAUAUGAAAGAUUUCUCCUCACUUUUACUCUAUCAGCAAUUACUAAACAGCAUACAUUCUUCAAGCUUGCACAAGCGAGCCCUCUUUGCCUUUAUCUUAUCAUUACGUUAGAGAGCGAGAUUUCCUCUUUGUGUUACACCAGCUGCUUAGGUUUUGAUCUCGGCCCGUAUCUCUUGUCACGUGGUACGGAGCAAAGGAUUUGGGAGGUAGAAUUUAGCUUUACCAGGGGGUUUCUUAUUAGUUUCCGAACACUGUCGACAAGAGAAGGAAGACGGCCUGAUAUCACAACUCUGUGUGGAAAGAGUCGAUUCUAAUUCAGGGGCGGAAACACGUCAGGGCCAAAAAAAGGAAGUGGGAGGUGAAACCGAGACCGCAACACAGCCGGAUGCCACAGUGGAACUUGAACCAAAAUACUCUAGUGACAGGGCAGGGGAGGGGCCACAGGGCCUGUCAUGCUCCAAGUGAAAGGAACUUACUGUUUGUGUAAUUGUUUAUCAUAUUUCCAUUGACCACUGGAAACAAUGAGCUGCUUUCAUGCCCUUGAUUGAUUUGUCUGAAGUAAAGGCUGCUGUGAUCUAAA